CUUCCGGGUAAGAGGUCAAGUGUCAUGUGACUUUGUUUACUAACACAAAGACGCCCUAUUUGUUAAUGACAUUUUUUUGCACUUGUAUUUCUUCAUAAAUUUAAGCAUAAGUUCAUAUUGUUAAAUGAAAGGGCAAGGUUGGAUUGAAAUAAAUAAAAUAAAGACCCAUUUUGUCUGAUACAUGUACUAAAAUAAGGAUUAACCGUUAAAAACAGAAAUUAAUAAUCAAAUCUAUUGGAUAUAAAGAGAGACGUUACAUUAUGCCAUGGCAACCAUUGUAUGUGUAUAAUGUUGGUGCUACAGCAAACAUUACCAGCAACAACUGUAGUGAAGGUGUACAGUGGAUUUACAAGAUUCUAAAUGACUGCGUUUGGAACGGGAAGGGUAUAGCCUCGGAAGUGCUCGGACUUGCGUCUAUACUAACAUGGAUGAUUGUAUCAAUACCUCAAAUGAUCAAGAACUUCCGUAAUAUACGAGGAGUGGAAGGAAUAUCGUUAAUGCUGAUAUUAAUGUGGACUCUUGGAGACACCGCAAAUCUUGUUGGAGGCUACCUUACCAAACAACUUCCUCUCCAGAUAUAUCUUGCCGUAUAUUUUGUAUUUGCUGAUUUGAUUCUAUUUGCUCAAUUCUUAUACUACAAUUUAUACUGGAAAAAGAAAUAUAAAGAUUAUGAGCCUAUUCAGUCAAGCAUUCAAACGUCAGGAGUACCUCAAGUUGUUCUGUGUUUCUCAGGAGCUUUAUUGUUGUGUUUACAUAAAUCUUUACAAGUGUUAGAUGUAAGUUCUACAAGAAUAGUACAUCAUCCGGCAGGAAGAUCUCUCAUGGCAAAUGAUCUGCAGUAUCAUAUACACAUAUUUAAUAAUAUAGAAGAUGAAGUUGGUUAUGGUAUAGGGGUAGUGUCUAGUGUAUUCUAUACAUUUUCUAGAUUAGGGCAGAUGUGGAAAAAUUACAAAAGAAAGUCUACAGAUGGCUUGUCAGUGUUGAUGUUUAUAUUAGCUGUCUUAGGUAAUCUUACCUACGGACUAUCUAUAUUGGUGCGACAAUUAGAUGCCAACUAUGUUCUGAGACAUCUGCCAUGGUUGAUUGGAAGUCUCGGAGUUAUCUUCCUUGAUUCAUCUCUUCUAGUCCAGUUCAGAUAUUACGGAGAAAAAGAUGACUUGGAUUCUUUAUUAAAGGCCACCGUUCCUGACAACAGAGAUACGGACACAGAAAUUUAUGUCAAUGGUCAGCGUGAGCGUGUCGGGACUAUCAACUAGGUGACUACCAAUA